AAAUAAAUUCAAAAAUUAAUAAAUAAAUCAAAAGCAAAAACUUAACCUGAGCAGAAUACUGAAAACCCAAAUACUAAAAUAUUAAGCUACUGUAUAUAUAAAUAAAUUCCCACAAUACGCCUGUAAAUUCCGUAUACUCAUCGAACCAAACUACUCAUUUUCACAGCAAUAACUACUCAGCAAUGGCUACAAAAAGCGUAGCAAGUAUAUAGUUAAAUAACAAUAACAACUGCUGCAUCACAUCAGUAAUAAAAUCAAUCGGAUAUUUUUAUUAGCGUUAGCUAGCGUUUAGCGUCCAUCGCAUAACCUGUGUAUACAAAUAACGAUUGUACACGCCUACCGCCUAUUACAUACAUAUAUAUACAUAUUUAUAUAUGUAUAUAUAUAUAAUAUAAGUUCGCGACUACUACGGUUACGACUGCUAUAACGACUUGAGCGUGCACGAUCACGAUCAAGUUCACGACCACGUUCGCGUCGUUGUUUUAUUGUUUUAAUCAUUUUGUAUGGCUUAAAAUUAACUACAUAAAUACAUAGAUACAAAUAAACUGAUCGAUUUGUUCGCUUUGCUAAACAAGUAACUGAAUAGAAUUCUUCUACGCUGUAAUCGUCCGCUUCGACUUAUCUCCUUAGGCCACUUAGUAUUUCUCUAUUUAUUCCACUUCUUCUUCUUCGAUCAACGUGUAAAACUGUUCGUGUCAUCAUUGUCAAAUGUAAAAUAGCCGAUUGCAUGCCACGUGGAUGACGUGUCAAUCCGGAGAAAUGAGCGUAGUCGUGCAUCAGGUUUAGCACAACUAUGGCCCAGCGGUCGACUAAAAACUAUAAGAAAUUGGAUACAUUGACGGUUGGCAGCGGCUCAGGAAGCGGCGCUAGCAGGGCAUCAACAGGGCUCCACAAGCGGGGGGCACUCGGGUCGAAGGGGAGCCCAUCGCUUAGCUGAUAGAAUGGGUGGCCCAAAGAAAGACGAUACACCACCCGGUGGUGGUCCAACAUCAUUAUUUAUCCUCACCGAGGAUAAUCCAAUUAGAAAAUACACACGCUUCAUCAUAGAAUGGCCGCCCUUCGAGUACGCUGUGUUAUUGACAAUCAUUGCCAACUGUGUUGUGUUGGCUUUAGAAGAACAUUUGCCUGGGGGUGAUAAAACAGUAUUGGCUCUGAAACUGGAAAAAACGGAGACCUAUUUUUUAUGCAUUUUCUGUGUAGAAGCAUCGCUCAAGAUCCUUGCCUUAGGGCUUGUUCUGCAUAAACACUCCUACCUCAGGAAUAUUUGGAACAUCAUGGAUUUUAUCGUCGUAGUUACGGGAUUUAUGGCACUGCUCCCACAAAAAUGGAUUGAGGUAGAUCUAAAAACAUUAAGGGCUAUACGUGUGCUAAGGCCCUUGAAAUUAGUCUCUGGAAUUCCUAGUUUACAAGUAGUUUUAAAAUCCAUUAUCAAGGCAAUGGCGCCGUUACUUCAAAUCGGACUUUUGGUCUUGUUUGCGAUCGUUAUAUUUGCAAUCAUCGGACUCGAGUUCUAUUCGGGCGCUCUGCAUAAGACUUGUUAUAGUUUAGAAGAUCCAAAUAAAUCUGUUAAGGAAGGUGAAUCAGAGACACCAUGCAAUACGGAUAAUGCAACGGAUAAAGCGUCUGGUUCAUUUGUAUGUAAUUAUAACACGAGUAUGUGUCUGGAAAAAUGGGAAGGGCCAAAUUGGGGCAUAACUAGUUUUGAUAAUAUCGGGUUUGCCAUGUUGACUGUGUUCCAAUGUAUCACCAUGGAGGGCUGGACAGCAAUACUGUAUUGGACCAACGAUGCUCUAGGUUCAUCAUUUAAUUGGAUAUAUUUCGUGCCUCUAAUAGUUAUAGGCUCAUUUUUUAUGCUCAACUUAGUUCUCGGUGUCCUUAGCGGUGAAUUUUCGAAUGAACGUAAUCGUGUCGAACGUCGCAUGGAGUUUCAAAAAUGCCGUUUUCGCACCAUGUUUCAAACUGCCAUGGUUUCAUAUCUCGAUUGGAUAACACAAGCAGAGGAAGUCAUUUUAGCCGAAGAGCGUACAACUGAGGCCGAAAAGAUGCACAUAAUGGAGGCACGAAGAAGAAAUGCGGCGAAGCGCAAAAAACUGAAAAGUUUAGGCAAAUCGAAGUCGACAGACACAGAGGAGGAAGAAGGCGAAGAAGAUUACGGAGACGACGGAUAUCUUAAAUCACGCCCGAAACCUCAAGGCAGCUGUACGGGCUUUUGGCGUGCCGAGAAACGCUUCCGCUUCUGGAUACGGCACACGGUGAAAACGCAAUGGUUCUAUUGGUUCGUCAUCGUACUCGUAUUCCUGAACACUAUGUGCGUCGCCGUAGAGCAUUAUGGUCAACCAAAAUUUUUAACGCAAUUUUUAUACAUUGCUGAAUUUUCGUUUUUGGGUCUAUUCAUGUCGGAGAUGUUCAUCAAAAUGUAUGCACUCGGACCGCGUACCUACUUCGAGUCGUCGUUUAAUCGUUUCGAUUGUGUCGUCAUUAGUGGUUCGAUAUUCGAAGUGAUAUGGUCUGAGGUCAAGGGAGGCUCAUUCGGUCUAUCCGUAUUGCGAGCUCUACGUUUACUCCGUAUAUUCAAAGUGACCAAAUAUUGGUCAUCUUUGCGAAAUCUUGUGAUUUCGUUGUUGAACUCGAUGAGAUCCAUUAUUUCACUAUUGUUCCUGCUCUUCUUGUUCAUUCUAAUAUUUGCACUACUCGGCAUGCAAUUGUUUGGCGGGCAAUUUAGUUUUAAAAGCGGUACCCCCGAAACAAAUUUCAACACAUUCCCCAUAGCCUUACUUACAGUAUUUCAAAUUCUAACCGGUGAAGAUUGGAAUGAAGUCAUGUAUCAGGGUAUUAAAUCGCAAGGUGGCGCUAAGAAAGGAAUGAUUUAUUCUGUAUACUUUAUCGUUUUGGUACUCUUCGGUAAUUACACACUGUUAAACGUAUUCUUGGCUAUCGCUGUCGAUAAUUUAGCGAAUGCCCAAGAAUUGACAGCUGCCGAAGAGGAGCAAGUCGAGGAAGAUAAGGAGAAGCAGUUGCAGGAGCUUGAAAAGGAAAUGGAAGCACUUCAAGCUGAUGGUGUUCACGUGGAGAAUGGUGAUGGUGUAUCGGUGCCGAAUAAGGCGAAAAGUAAAAAGAAAGAAGAGGAAAAGAAGGAAGAGGAAGAAGUGACGGAGGGUCCAAAACCAAUGUUACCAUACUCAUCCAUGUUUAUACUAUCACCGACGAACCCUAUACGCCGUGGCGCUCAUUGGGUUGUUAAUUUGCGAUAUUUUGAUUUUUUCAUAAUGAUCGUCAUCUCAUUGUCAUCGAUAGCGUUAGCAGCCGAAGAUCCUGUUCGUGAGCAUUCGCCACGAAAUAAAAUCUUAAAUUAUUUCGAUUAUGCAUUUACCGGCGUAUUCACAAUAGAAAUGUUACUAAAAAUUGUAGAUUUAGGCGUAAUAUUACAUCCAGGCAGCUAUUUAAGAGAAUUCUGGAAUAUUAUGGAUGCUGUGGUCGUUGUGUGCGCUGCUGUUAGUUUCGGUUUCGAUAUGAGCGGUAGCAGCGCUGGACAAAAUUUAUCAACUAUCAAAUCGUUGCGCGUCCUACGCGUCCUGCGACCAUUGAAAACCAUCAAACGUGUACCAAAAUUGAAAGCCGUCUUCGAUUGCGUAGUGAAUUCAUUGAAAAAUGUUGUUAACAUUCUAAUCGUGUACAUAUUAUUUCAAUUUAUAUUUUCCGUAAUUGGUGUACAAUUGUUCAAUGGGAAAUUUUUUCAUUGUACGGACGAAAGUAAACAUACUUCCGAAGAGUGCCAGGGCUCAUAUUUUAAAUAUGAGGAGGAUGAAUUACUUCCAAAGCAGGAGGCGCGCAUCUGGCGGCCGCGUAGUUUCCACUACGACAACGUAGCGGCGGCAAUGCUGACGCUUUUCGCGGUGCAAACAGGCGAAGGAUGGCCACUAGUUCUACAACACUCCAUGGCUGCCACGUAUGAAGAUAGGGGUCCUAUACAAAAUUUCCGGAUCGAAAUGUCCAUAUUUUAUAUUGUGUAUUUCAUUGUAUUUCCAUUCUUCUUCGUGAAUAUAUUCGUGGCCUUGAUUAUCAUAACAUUUCAAGAGCAAGGCGAGGCUGAAUUGCAAGAUGGUGAAAUUGAUAAGAACCAGAAAUCCUGCAUAGAUUUCACGAUAGGAGCGCGUCCGCUCGAACGGUACAUGCCCAAAAAUCGCAACACAUUCAAGUACAAAGUGUGGCGCAUUGUAGUUUCGACGCCAUUCGAAUAUUUUAUAAUGAUGCUAAUUGUGUUCAAUACAUUACUGCUUAUGAUGAAGUACCAUAACCAAGGUGAAAUGUAUGAUAAAUCACUAAAAUAUAUCAACAUGGGAUUCACAGGGAUGUUCAGCGUUGAGACAGUACUGAAAAUUAUUGGAUUUGGUGUAAAGAAUUUUUUCAAGGAUCCAUGGAACAUUUUUGAUCUGAUUACUGUUGUGGGCAGUAUCGUAGAUGCGCUAUGGAUGGAAUUCGGGUCGAACUCAAUCAACGUUGGCUUCCUGCGUUUAUUUCGUGCGGCGCGUCUCAUAAAAUUGCUACGUCAAGGAUAUACGAUACGAAUUCUAUUGUGGACAUUUGUACAAUCGUUCAAAGCACUUCCAUAUGUCUGUUUGUUAAUAGCCAUGCUCUUUUUUAUUUAUGCUAUUAUUGGCAUGCAGGUGUUUGGGAAUAUCAAACUAGAUACAAUGGAAAAUACCAUUACUAGGCACAACAACUUCCAAUCAUUUCAACAAAGCGUCAUGUUGCUAUUCAGAUGUGCAACUGGCGAGGCGUGGCCGAACAUUAUGCUGGCGUGCCUUAAGGGGAGGCCAUGCGAUGAAGAAGCCGACAAGGGCAACGAAACAUGCGGUUCUACACUGGCAUAUGCAUAUUUUGUAUCGUUUAUAUUCUUUUGCUCAUUUCUCAUGUUGAAUUUAUUCGUUGCCGUUAUUAUGGAUAAUUUCGAUUAUCUCACAAGAGACUCCAGUAUAUUGGGUGCCCAUCAUUUGGACGAGUUUGUUCGGAUAUGGGCCGAAUAUGAUCCAAAUGCGACUGGUAGAAUACAUUAUACGGAGAUGUAUGAUAUGUUGAAAAAUAUGGAUCCUCCGUUGGGGUUCGGUAACAAAUGUCCCAAUCGCCUCGCCUACAAGAAGCUAAUACGUAUGAAUAUGCCUUUGGAUGACGAAAUGAGAGUACAAUUUACAACGACGCUUUUUGCGUUGAUACGCGAAAAUCUGAGUAUAAAAAUGAGAUCUGCGGAGGAAAUGGAUCAAGCGGAUAUGGAACUUAGGGAAACCAUAACGAAUAUAUGGCCUUUGCAAGCGAAGAAAAUGUUGGAUUUGCUUGUACCACCCAUAGACCAACUGAAUAAGGGGAAAUUGUCAGUUGGUAAAGUGUACGCCGGUCUUUUAAUAUUGGAGUCGUGGCGUACGACGCGGUUUGGACAAAUCGAUUCUGGCAUGCCGAAACAAUCAUUCUUCAAUUGCCUGCUCGAUAUGGCGGCGCUCGACAAAGGCGGAUCUCGGCAGGGCUCAAUUAGCUAUGAAGCCAAUGGCGAUGGUGGCGCCAACUCACAAACGCAUUUAUUAGCUAACACAAAUCAUCAUCACCUGAACGGUGAUGCCGAACACAAUAGUUUGGCAUCAUUGGCACGCCGGACUACGAUCAAAAAACGUUCAGUUAGAAACAAAAAGAUGCUGGAACUGCAGGAUGCGUCGAGACAUCCUUCUCAGGAAUCGUUAACCGGUGCCGAUGCUGGUCAUUUACAUCCUGGUCACGCCUAUCACAAUGGUCAUCAUCGCCGUUCGCCGAGUUUAAGACAUAACGGAUCUCCAUUGGCCAGAUCUCCAAGUCCUAGACGGCGAGGCCAUCAAUACAUACAUCAUGAUAUUGGGUUCUCCGAUACCGUAUCUAAUGUUGUAGAGAUGGUCAAGGAGACCCGUCAUCCUAGGCACGGAUAUGGGCUUCCGCGUUAUCCAAGAGGUUCAUGGUCAGCAUCGACAAGUCCGGCCCGUUCGCCUUCGCCUUCUCGUUAUGGUGGCCAUUAUUCGCGCAGUAGGCGUACAGAACUGCCUUUUCCCACAUAUGGGACAACAAGUCUAUGUCAAAGAUCACGUUCGCCGAGUCCCGCUCGACUUCAGGAGAUGCGUGAACGAGAUAGACUUGGUUAUGGGAUUGAUAUGGGUGGUACUCAUGUACAGUACAGUUACCCAACGCUAGCAUCGCGACGUGCUGGCAUGGGUCGACGUCUACCACCGACACCAAGUAAACCAUCAACACUGCAGCUGAAGCCAACAAAUAUUAAUUUUCCAAAACUUAACGCAAGUCCAACACAUACACAUCACUCGACACCUCAUAGUGUUCAUUCCUUGCCACACCACCGUGAUCUGCUGCGGGAUCGUGCCAUGUACCGCGAUCUGUAUAGCAGUAGGGAACGCGAUCGCGAUCGAGAGCGAUAUAGAGAUCACCUACGCGACUAUGAUAUGCGAUAUGAAUAUCGGGAUCAUGAGCGUGAACUCUAUGAGAGAGAGCGUGAUCGACUAAGGGAUUUCGAAAGAGAAAGACUGGAAUACAUAGCGCCGCUAUCGUUUGAACAAGCGCUCGCUAUGGGCAGAACGGGGCGUGUCCUGCCAUCACCCGUUCUAAAUGGCUAUAAGCCAAAAGGUGGCUUUCACCCAAGACACUCCGAUUCGGAUGAGGAGGACUGGUGCUAGCAAAGGCUUUGAUUGCGAUUGCGUAAUCGAAGGGAACAGAUCUGGGUAUAGCAUCAAGCCAUAUUUCCAUCACUCUCUGCACCGGACUUAGACCAUAAUUUUGAUACAAUACCGUUGCAACAUUUCACUGCUGCAUCCGAUACCGAUUUAAUAGAAACCACAUUCAUCGAUACUGAUUUAAGCAAAAAUGCUGCUGUAGCUGCCGCAGCCACAGCAGUAGACGACGAUGUUGAUACCAACGCUACAGCCUAUUGGCGUAUGGGCCCACGGGCGGCGACACAACCCACAAUUUGUGAAAUAGAUUUAGGUCUAGGAGGCGACCGAAGUGAAGUAAUAGCCGCAAUCAGACCAUUGUCACUAGAUAUGACAGACCGAAGAGCGGAGUAUGCUAUAGCGACAACAAGAAUUUAUUCCGAUCAUGAGCUUUACCAACGGUAUCAACAGCAUGCAAGUUAUGCUGCCAGUGAACCGCAGACACCGUUGAACAUUGAAUUGCAGCAACAGUAUGCAACAGCAGCCGCAGCAGCAGCAAAAACACAGCCUGAACAGCAUUUGUAUCAUACGCUGUAAAAGCAAACAACUUAAAAAACAAAAAUAAAAUGUUCAGCUAGAGUUUUCGAAACGAAA